UAAGUAUUCUAUUUUCAACUUUCUAAAACAUAUAAGCAUUUUUAAAUUUUGUUAAGUCUCAUGCUUAUUUACUUCUUUUGCAUUUUUUAGACUUAUAAAAUUCCAAAGAAAUUAAUUAAAUAAGAGGAGACCAAAAUUUUAAAAUACAGUUGUAGUAAGUAGGUGGACAACAAAGUCCCACAGCUGUCAAAGUUAAUAAAGAAACCCCACACUAUCGUGUUAUUCGAUGCAUAUUGAAAUUCAUUUGCACGUAUUUUCUUUUUCAUCCCUCUCAAAAAAUAAAAUAUAGUAUUUUAUUCGUAGAUUUAUAUGUUGAAUUAAGAAGAAUAUUUGCAUAUUAAUCAUAUCACUUAAUAUUCAUCAUGCGUCUAAUAUAUGCAUGUAACUUUUUCUUUAAGAAAUAUCUCAUGGCAUUAAAGAAUAAUGAUCACCCAUUGAGAAGUGUAUAUAUAAUAGUAUAUCUUUUUAGUUGGAGAUAUGUAUAGAAAGUAUAUGAAUAUUAUCAAAAAUAGAGGGUUAAUUAUUAAUUUCACUCGGAAUUUGCUACCUUAUUUUCUUAUAUAUAUCAAUUAUCAUCCACAUUUUUCAGUAAUUUCGACAUCAAUCUAGCCAGUGUAAGUAAGGUUUUCAAUUGAAGUGUUUGUUUUAUGACCUCAAUUAUUUCUUGCAGUAAAAAUAAAUAUUGGUUACCUAAAAAAAUGCUCCAGAUAUAGCUACUUUUUAAAUUUAAAUUGUAGUAUUAAUUUUUUUUCUUAAAAUAACUUUAUUUAGUAUUUGUGAAGAUAAUAUGUGAAAUGAAUAAAGAUAAAAUCAAAUAAUUAUAUAUAAAUUAUAUAUUUUUUAAAUAUUAAUUAUAUUUUCUUAAUAUAUGUGAAAUAAAUAAAGAUAAAAUCAAAUAAUUAUAUAUAAAUUAUAUAUUAUUAAAUAUUAAUUAUAUUUUCUUAAUUAUAUGUGAAGAAAACGUGGACUAAAAAUAGAAAGACUAACUAAUAUAGGCACUUCGAAAAAUAUUUUAAAAAUAUUUUUUUUUAUGGAUUUUCGAGACUUUAGAAAAAGAAAAGAAAAAAGAGGAAUCUUAAUAUUUUAGUGAUAAUCACAAAAGGAAAAUUAGACCGCAAAUAAAAAAAAAGUUGGAAAUUAGAUAUAGGAAAAUUAGAAUUAGACCGCAAAAAAAAAAAAAGGAGUAUAUGUAUAUAUAGAUACAUGCAGUCUGUAUCUCUCUCCCUCUCACAGUUUCAGUCUUUCAGAUUCACGUCUCUCUCUCUCUCUCCUAAAUUUUAUUUAGCGUUUAAAACAAAGUAGAGUAAUUAUUGUUGGUUGUGCGGUGCGUGUGUGUGUGAGUGUGGUAUCCGCGUCGUUUCUCUCUCCUGCCACUCACCAAAAAAAAAGGUUGAAAAAGCGACUGUGCCAUGACUAGAAGAUGCAGAUGAUCCUCUGUAGAGCUGCGCCAAAGGCCAUGGCUUCCUUCCCCCGCUCCAGGCCUAGGAAGGAGCUAUGUGUAUGGCCCGGAAUGGGACAGCUUUGCCUAAGAAAGAAUCUUUUGUAUGGGUUUAUGAGGCUUUUUUCAAUGCCAUUCAAAACCCUACGCAGUGUUAGCCGGACAGUUGGAGGGGUCUCACAUUUUUGCAGUAUCACAAAUAUGUCAAACAGUUUGCAAAUUGAACUGGUACCAUGCCUUCGAGACAAUUAUGCAUAUCUUUUACAUGAUAUGGACACUGGAACUGUUGGAGUAGUUGAUCCUUCUGAAGCCAUUCCUAUCAUAGAUGCAUUGAACAGGAAAAAUUGGAACUUGAAUUACAUACUCAACACUCAUCAUCAUUAUGAUCAUACUGGUGGCAACUUGGACUUAAAAGAAAGGUAUGGUGCAAAGGUUAUUGGUUCUGGUGUAGACAAGGAGAGAAUUCCUGGCAUUGACAUAGCUUUGAAUGAUGGUGACAAAUGGAAGUUUGCAAGCCAUGAGGUGCUUGUGAUGGAGACCCCUGGCCAUACAAAAGGUCAUAUUAGUUUUUACUUUCCUGGAUCGAAGUCAAUUUUCACUGGAGACACUUUGUUCAGUUUGUCAUGUGGUAAACUUUUUGAAGGGACUCCGGAGCAGAUGCUCUCGUCCUUGCGGAAGAUUGUGGCGCUGCCAGAUGAUACUAGUAUUUAUUGCGGUCAUGAAUACACCUUGAGUAAUUCAAAGUUUGCCCUAUCUAUAGAACCAAGAAAUGAGGAGUUGAAGUCUUAUGCUUCCCACAUAGCUCACCUCCGCAAUAAAGGCCUCCCAACGAUCCCAACCUCAUUAGGGAAUGAGAAGCUGUGUAACCCGUUUCUUCGUACAUCAAGUGUGGAAAUUCGAAAGUCACUCAAAAUACCCGAGUCUGCAGAUGAUGCAGAGGCGCUAGGCGCCAUCCGUCAAGCCAAGGACAAUUUUUAGGGUCGAUAACAAGACCGGAAAUAUGUAUUACCGGCCACGUAGACUCUUCUAGAAGUCUGCUAAACUCGACCUGUGGAGUGAAGACGAUUGGGAUGAAUCAUACCAUUGGAGAAAGAAAGUGAUCUCAUGAAGAGUUAUGUGUAUAAGGUAGGCCCAUUCCUUUGCAGUGUAUUGGAUCCCAAUCUUUCAUAGAACUUUGCUUCCUUUGAAGGCAAGAUUUCUCUGUUUUGAUCAAAUGAUGAAAUAUCUGAGUUUGGUGUGUAACUUUGGGAAAGAAAGCUAACUAUUUUGAUGUUGAUUUAUAGCUAGCUUGGAAGUUGGAACAAUAAAUAUAAUAUGAAGUGUGUACAUUUUA